AUCUGAUGACUAGAUUUCAAGCAAACAGAGAAAUGAUUAUGAAUGUGGAGUUUGAGUUAUGUCCAAAGAUAAGGAAGAGACUAUACAGGGAGAAGUUGGCAUGUAGUAAGUGGCUAGCAUGUUGGGCUGGUCGUACGAAGUUUGAAGUGAAGAAUGGGCUGGAGAGUUUCAUUGUGGACUUGGAAGAGAAGAAGUGCAGCUGUAGGAAGUGGGACAUAAUUGGCAUACCAUGUUGCCAUGUCAUUUCCUGUAUAUUUUUUCAACAAAGAAGAUGCUGAAAAGUAUGUCAAUGCUUGCUACAAAAGGACUACCUACAUUGACUGCUAUGAACCCAUUAUAGAGCCCAUCAAUGGCCAAAAUAUGUGGAGACCUAGUGGACUGCCACCUGUGCAACCCCCUAUCAAGAGGAGACCUCCUAGCAGGCCUAAGAAGAAGAGGGCACUGGAGCCUGAUGAACCUAGAAAUCACAGAAAAAAUAGAGGUCUAUGCAUCUUAAAACAAUGCAAGUUAUGUGGGAAAUUAGGACACAAAAGGAGGAGCUGCAAGGGAGAAGUAGGAGGGAACUCCUCCUUGCCUAGGAGUGCAUCCCAAGCCAGUAGGACCAUUAGGAGGGCAGCCAAGGAUGGUCAUGCAAACAGCCCAGCUGUAGGCAAUGCACAACUAGGCUCCAAUGCUCAACCAGGCUCCAAUGCUCCACCCCCCACUGAUAACCAGUUCAAUCCAAGACCAAAAAGACAGAGGAAGAGAAGUGCAGUCACCACUGAGACCUUGAAUGCAACUGGGAAUGCAGCAAGAUAUAUGGCAGCAAUGAGAUCUGCUGGAAGAUAGCAAGCUGAAGCAGGACCUUUUUUUUUGUUGUGCUAUAUGUUGAAAGCACUCUUCAUAUGUUUAUGUAACUGCUAGAACAAUUGGCAUUUUGUAAUUAUUGUGGUACACUAAAAACUGUCAUUGGUGUUAAAUAUU